AUGCUAUAUGGUAAGGCUAAGUAUAAUCAUUUAAGCAAUUAUCAAGUUUCAAGUUUAAUUGGAUAUUUGUGGAGUAAAUUAACUUCAGAACUCAGAGAAGAAUCAUCUAAUAAAAAAACAAGAGAUGUUUCUAAGAAGAAAAAAUUGACUCAAGUUUCAAAUACUAAGGAAAUUUCAUCAUCCAGCUCUACUAAAAAUAAUAGAGAAUUGUUAACAGACAAUCUGAAAAAAAUAUUUAAUUUUCUUUUAGAUAGGUUUAUAUCAAAAGAGUUAAAAGAAUUAAGUGAAAUAAAUAAUGCCCAAGAAACUUAUUCUGAAAAGUUAAAUGAAAUAAAUAAUAUUCAAAAACCUUAUUCUGAAGAGAAUAAUGAUGAUAUAUUAUUUGAUUAUAAACAACUUUUCAGUUUUUCAUCAGAAUAUGAUAUUUUUGGCUUAGACAUAUCAAAUCAACUUCUAUUAACAGGCAUUGAUGGAUGGCAGUCGACAGAAAAAUUAGAAAAUCCUUCCACAGUAAUUUAUAGAGAGCAGUCAACAGAAAAAUUAGAGAAUCCUUUUGAACUGAUUUAUAAUGAGAGGUCAACAGUUGAUCAUUCUCUGUAUUCUAUAGAAAAUAUAGAAAGUCUCCUUAUGCUAAUUAAUGAUUAUGCUCUGCUGCCAAUUGCAAAAGAAGAAAAGAUAUUACCUAAACGAUUCAAAAGUUUCAAGAAGGAAGUAAUGAAACUUCCAGCAGGCAAG